CGUUCACGUUUGGUUUAUAUAGCAGUGGUGUGAGCGCAGAUCCUUCAAUUCAUCGGCACUGUGGCACAGCACCUCCUCUUCUCACUCAAACAAUGCAUGAUUUCAACAAGUGACGUCCAGUCGGCUCCCUCGUCGUCAAGUCCGAACCGGCAUCAGAAUCGGGUAGACGCCCGGAGACACCAAAAGCGCUGCGCAGAGAAGAGCGCGCACGGCGCACAUCACCGAGACACCAUGCACUGCCAAGCCGAGCUGAGGCUCUCCUCCCCCGGACAGCUGAAAGCUGCCAGGCGGCGCUACAAGACUUUCAUGAUCGACGAGAUCCUCUCCAAGGAGACGUGUGAUUACUUUGAGAAACUUUCUCUGUACUCCGUGUGUCCGUCACUCAUCGUGCGCCCCAAGCCUCUGCAUUCGUGCUCGGGCUCCAGUUCACUACGUGCCUAUCCUCUCCUGUCAGUGAUCACGCAACAGUCACACCCCCACCUCCCCCAGCCUUCAUCCCCUGGCGUGGUCCCAUCGCGCCUGUCCUUGUUGUCGCCACAGCACCCGCGUGGCUCUGAGCCGUCCCCCAACCAGACGCCCCUCAGCAUCAGCAGUGAGUCGGAAACAGAGCGAAGCACCCCCCGCCUGAAAAAACCACGACGCAGCCGUACCAUCUUCACCGAACUGCAGCUGAUGGGUUUGGAGAAGAAGUUCCAGAAGCAGAAGUACCUGUCCACACCUGAUAGGUUAGACCUGGCCCAGUCACUGGGACUCACACAGCUUCAGGUGAAGACAUGGUACCAAAACCGACGCAUGAAAUGGAAGAAAAUGGUGCUGAAAGGAGGUCACGAGGCUCCUACCAAGCCCAAGGGGAGACCCAAAAAGAACUCCAUUCCCACCACAGAGCAAAUAGAGGCUGAGGAGCGAAGAAUGAAGAUAGAGGAAGAGGAGAGGAUGAGGACAGCAGCCCAAGAAACAGCGCUGGGUCAUGAAGCACAGCUGGAACCUAAGGAUCAGAAAUCCAGAGUCCCGUCCCCAGCUGAUGAAAGUCACAAUGCAGCCGGGUCGAUGGAAGGAUCAGAGGUGCCACUACUCUUGGAGAAAGAGACUCAUGCAGCCAGUUAAGCAAGAAAA